ACGAUUGUAUGGAUGGAUCACAUUAGUAUUCCUGUCCUAUCAAUGUGCGGGGCCACGACCAACGUCAGCCGGACCGACUCCGUGCGUCUGCCAGUCCCGCCACGGAUUCAUCUGGGAUCCUCACACAGCCAAGCCCACGGAGACGAGGGAUCAAGGCGGACCGAUUAGCGCCAAUUGCCUGCUGCGGAACAGCUCGCCCCUUCCAGGUCUGGCGAGCCGUGGAGGGAGGGGAGAGGCGAGCGGCGCGCCGCUGCGGGAAGACACCGAAGCAAGAGCGACACCCCCUCCCGCCCCCCACCCUGCAGCGCAGGCUUUGAACGCCGCUUCCCCCAUCUGAAUGGAAACUCGGAGCCGCCCGGCGGCGCGUUCCUCCUCGCUCAGCCUGUCAAUCCAUGCCGAGAGGAAGGCGGUGCAAGCCCGCGCCAGCAGCGUCCAGCUCCCGGGACAGGGCCGGCAAGGCUGCUGAGCAGAACUUGAUCGCGCCUCUCCGUCGCUGCUAGCGGAAGCGAUGCUGCACCGCACAGGCAGCGCUUCCCCGGCUCUCCUUCAAGCUGAAGGUUACCCACCCGCGCAGGCAGCCGCAACCUUGUGAGCGGCGCGCGCCUCAGGUCCGGGCUCCGGCUGCUCCGCGGCGGCGUACAGGGGCAACCACCGGGCCGCCCGCGCCGGGGCGCACUGCACCAGCGGCUUCGGCUUCGUGGAUGUGUAUGCAUGAGUUCUGCACCGAAUGGGCGCAAAAAGCGCCCCAGCCGGUCCACCCGCUCCUCGAUCUUCCAGAUCAGCAAACCUCCGCUGCAGAGCGGGGAUUGGGAGCGCAGGGGCAGCGGCUCCGAAAGCGCCCACAAAACCCAACGAGCCCUGGACGACUGCAAGAUGCUUGUCCAAGAGUUCAACACGCAAGUGGCCCUGUACCGAGAGUUGGUCAUUUCUAUUGGGGACGUCUCAGUCAGCUGCCCCUCUCUGCGAGCUGAAAUGCACAAGACAAGAACCAAAGGCUGUGAAAUGGCCCGUCAGGCACACCAAAAGCUGGCUGCCAUCUCAGGCCCGGAAGAUGGUGAGAUCCAUCCCGAAAUCUGCCGGCUUUACAUCCAGCUGCAGUGUUGCCUAGAGAUGUACACAACAGAGAUGCUGAAGUCCAUUUGUCUGCUGGGAUCUCUUCAGUUUCAUCGAAAAGGAAAAGAAGCUAGUGGGGGAGCGAAGAAUUUGGACAGCAAAAUUGAGGAGAAUGCUGAAACACCUGCCCUGGAGGACUCCUUGUCAUCCCCUCUCGAGAGCCAGCAGCAGUGCUGGCAGGUCGCCACAGAUAUUGAAAACACUGAAAGAGACAUGCGAGAAAUGAAAAACCUUCUUAGCAAACUCAGGGAAACGAUGCCUUUACCACUGAAAAAUCAAGAUGACAGCAGCCUUCUGAAUCUAACGCCCUACCCCAUGGUCAGGAGACGGAAGAGAAGGUUCUUCGGCUUAUGUUGUCUUGUCUCAAGCUAGGUGGUUCUCCCCGAAACUCACCACCAAGAUCACCUGAGAAACACCACAGAACCGUAAGACCUCCACACGGCGGAACACCGAGACCGGUUUUGACCAUGUUUUCUAUGCUCCCUUGUUACUUUUAUCUGCCUCUCCCUGCCAUUUUAAAUGAUUUCACACUUGAAAGCAGCUGCCAUCAAGGAAAGAAAGAAAGAAAGAAAGAAAGAAAGAAAGAAAGAAAGAAAGAAAGAAAGAAAGAAAGAAAGAAAGAAAGAAAGAAAGAACAGAUUCAAAGAGGUGCAGCCUGUUUUUAAAGGGAGUUUUAAAAAGUUGACAUUGUGCAUGUCUGCUCUGAACCAUGCCAUGACAGAUGCAAGAAUUUUGAUUUUUAAAUUAUUUAAAGGUUUUUUAAAUGUAUUAUACAGAAAAAUAUUUCACAUAUAAUAGUAUAUCUGUAACUCUUGCUGAUAUCAUGUUAACAAUUUAUCAGAUAUAAAAGAUGUCUCUAAAUAUAGAAAUCUAUUUAAAACAGCAAAACUGUUCAAGAAUCCAAUCUAUGAGUAUCAUUAGAAAUAUUAUAACCAAACACAUGCCACCUCACGCGUUGCUGUCUCUGCACUCAUUUCCAUUUAGUCUUCCAUUCUGUCAGAAUCUGUAAGUGUCAACAUCAAAACAUCUUAAUUUAUAAUGCAACAGAGUCAUAUAUGAAAAAUACGUUUUGUAAAUACACAGUAAUCCUACUAUCUUCGAACAAUGCAUAUGGGUAGCUAACUUUCUUUUAAUCCAACGGUGUCUUUUUAAGCUUCUUGGGAAAUGAAGUUAUCCGGUUAAGAAAUGAUGUAGUAGCAUAAACAAUUACCCUCAGAUGUAAAAUUGAAUAUUAUCACAUUUUGUUUGAAUCGAAACCUAAAGCAUGGGUCCACACCUCAGCAUAGUGUUAAAUCUUAUAGGGCAUGCUGGAAUUAGCUCAGAUCAUAAAACUAUUUAACAUUUUACAUUAUUAAUGAAAAAAGAUGUUUUAGUUAAGCUUAGCUUGUCUCAUUUUAGAUGACUAUGCAGAUAUGACUUUUCCAAUGUGUAUUCUGUGUCCUGUCUUAUGCUUGGACUCUCGAGAAUGGGACACAUUAAGCAAUACUGUAUUUUAGAAAAGAGGGAGCCACACGCUGUGUUGUUCUGCUCAUGGCUCUGCUGCGCUCUUUUCCCACGAACUUGUAAUAUGCUACAAAUCCUGUUUUAUUUCCUCCUGUCCUUCCUUUGACCCUUCUCCCCACCCCCUGAUGAAAUUUCCCAGGAGUCUUUGCACUUUUGUUCCCUGUUCUGACAGAUCUCCGAGUCAGACCAGAGGCACAGGUGUCCAGUCUUAAGAGGGACAGACUAGCUGCCUGCAAGUGACUUUAAUCCCAGCCUUGGGGAGGCACUUAUUUGUACAUUAAUAUUCUGGCCUAAAAACUAAAUAUUUUUAAAGCCUUUCACUUUAUGGAAGAUGGAGAGAGCAUGGACAAUUAUUGUAUUAGGUUGAAUUCUACGAAAUGGCUGAUAUUUGACUGUUUUGAUCUAUAUUUUUAAAACCAGCAAUUUCACAUAGUUCAACCUAAAAUCUGCAAAGAUACAGCUCUUGGAACUUUCUCCUAUAUUUAUGUAUCAAAAGUGAAAGAAUUCCGGGAUGGAAGAGAUCUCUAAAAUCUAUGAUUGGUCUUCAUUUCAAUUCCACUAGUUGCUGUCGACCAUAUUCUUGGUACCCCACCCCCACCCCUUACUCUGCUGCACUAAGCUGGGAGCUAAUGUACUGUUACUAGUAAGACUGGAUUCAGUAAGAGAAGGACUUUUGACAAGUUAUAUGAGACAAUUAUAACUUUCUGAAUGGAAUGUUCAUGAAACAAUGGAAAGAAUUAUUUAAAGACUCCUCACAAGGAACUACUCCCAGCUCUCCUAUCCUGCCAUCUUGAAUAAAGCCUACUCUUGUCUCCUGGUUGCAGGUCAUUUCAAAUUAGUUAAGUUCCAAGGUUAUCUCAUUUCUCAUUUAUGAGCUAUUUAUUUCUAAAUUGGCAUGAUCUCAGCUCCGGUCUCUGUUGUCUCCCACACUCUGACUGGAUUGAACGUUUAACUUCAGCCUCAUUCCUAGCAAUCCAUGCAAAUGGACUAACUGACAAGCCUGGGGUGCCGGGCACGCUCUUGUGGAUGCCCAACCUAAACCUCUCCUGCUUCUUUCAUUUGUGCUAGCUCUCUCCUUAGUCUCAGCGUGAUGACAACACCUUCUGUGCAAUUGUCCUUUGUACAACUGAAGACUGUUAAAAAAAAAAAAAAAAAUUCAGGUCUCACCUCCAUGUCUGAGAAGGCCUUGAGAGCUAUUCAUGGAGAUGGGAAUUUGUCUCAUUACCUAGCCAGACUUUGCAUAUCUGAGGUAAUAGGGUCGACCACCUUAUGUUUUAUUCAGUGCCUGGUUUCCAGCCAUUGCUCAAUUUUAUAGUUCCCAUAGAUCUACAGAUGUUCUUUCAGUAGCAGGUCCGAAAGCAGCAUUAACAAUCAAGGUUCUGGUACCUAUGCGGGCUCAUGGUUGCCCUGGGCAACUCACCACCUCCCCUUAGAUAUGCCAAGUACAUCCUCUAGGAUGCCCCUCUCUCCUCUAACCUGCCAAAGGACUUCCUUAGGUGUGGGUCCACCAGAUAAAGUUCUGCUCCCUCCCUCUGCUCCUUGCAGGAAAUGGUCUUUGAACUCAACAGAAGCAUCCAGAUGAUCUGUAAGGGUCUGAGGAAAACACUGGGUAUUCUCUCACAAACCCAUGUGUACAAAGAGGAAAAAAGGCCUCUCAUUUUAUCGCCAUACUUUUUAUAUUCUAUUUUAGGUUUUCCUGCAAAUUAUAAUGAAUAUAUGGGUUUUUUUUUUUCUUUUUGUGGGAAAUCUGAAAAACAUCACCAUGUAUAAAGAAAGUAAACAUCAUCUGAACUUUACGGCAAAUGUAUUGUUUAAAAUCACAUUUCCGUGCUCUAAAUCAGUUGGGGCUGAGCUCAAAGACUCUUUUAGGAAAGACAACAUGAAGUAACCUUCAGGCCAAAGUAUCUCUUUAAAGUCUGACCACUGAUGUUUGGUGUCUAGACUCAGACUCAUUGCAAACUGCCCGGUGUGCCACUCAUUAAAGGGGUACAAAGCAAGCUGGAGAAGCAGCAGGGCCCUAAUUGGUUUUGGGGGCGGGGCGGGGGGAGUCUCAAGCUCUGCCCAACGGGUUGUGUUCCUUCCUACUCUUGUGAAACGUUAGGAUGCUCAGAUUUAGGCAAUGCUGCCACCUAGUGGAAACUGAGCUUCAGAAAGACCAAAGCAAAUACACAAAGCAUCAUAUUUAUUCCAGAAAAUCUGCCAAUGGGCCCAUUAACAAGGAGCCCAUGACGACUUCCAGACUGUGAAAGUCUCAGGGUUGUGAGAAUAAAGAAUUAUCAUGCAGCUUAAACCCCUUCCCCACACAUCCGUGCCUAAGAAAUAUCUGUGUUUUCCUUUUGUUCUAGAAUAUCAUAUCGCCACAGAAAAUGCUUACCUUUCCCGUAAAUAUAGAUAGAAUACGGAAAAGCAGUCAUACUAUGCCAGCCUCACAGUAAAUUCUCACAAGCAGCUACAUCACCCACGAUAGAUCCAAUAACACAAGAUAACUGAGAACACUAUAUUUCAAAUCCGAGGAAAGUCUGGAUAAUUAAGUAAAUUAUGUAGGAAUAACUAAUUAACCUCUCCUGGGUGCAAUCUUAGGUCUAUAGUUUAAUCAAAAUAAAUUCUAGAUAAAAUAAGUAUUUAAAUUUUAAAACAUGAGAAUGAAUGACAAAAAUGAAAAAUACUUGUCAUCCAGAUUGGUGAAGAUAGUGUCUCAUUGUGGGGAAUCAAAGCCUUUCCUAAGCAUAAUACCAAAGGCAGGAGUGAAAAAGACAAGAUGGCUGGACUGAUACCAGUUUUUUAAAAGAAUGUAAAACUCCUAUACAGUAAAGUAAACAAUAAACCAAAUGAAAAGAAAAUAAUAUUUACAAUGCAUGCAAGAAAGAGAUUAGGCCUCUACUACGUGAAGGACCUCAGCACUUUGGGAAGUCUCUAUGAUUUACAAGACCUGUGCUUUCCCCAUUACUGCUUGUGUGAUCGUCUGUCUGUCCCACUAAAUUGAAAGUAUAAAAGGAAAUACUCACAUACAUUUUGCUUAACAUUUUUUUCUCGGCUCCUAAGAUAGUUCUGUAUACAAACCAAAUACUGAAAACACAGUUAUUGAAUGAGUAGAUGGUGAGUGGAUGGCAUAAAUAAUAUUAUGUGAUUCAGAGGGAGAAAAAUAUCAAACUUUCCAGUUUGAGAUCAGGAUUCAAGGUAGUAACGCACUGUACACUAAGGUACCCACUGAUAGCAGUGAACAUAUUUGAAUAGACUAGUGGCCAAAAGUUCAGAGACAAGCAACUCAGAUAGACAUGUGCAUAUAUAAGCUUCCGGGAAUCUUGAGGAAGUUUGAAAUAUAAACAUUCUCUUAUAGUCAACAGGAGUAUAAAUUGAUCUGGUCUUUAUGGGAAAUAUCUUGGCUCUAUGUGUUUUUCAUACAUGCCUAGUAACUUCACAUUAAAGAAAUUCUCUUCCUAAAAGCUCAGCAAUAGGCCAGCAAGAUGGCUCAGCAUGAGAAGACCCUUACUGCCGAGCAAGUUAGAAUCCCCUGGAUUCACAUGGUAGGAGGGAACUGUUUCUUCCUAUGGGUUGGCCUCUAAUCUCCACAUGCACUCUGUGACAUAUGUGUCUGUAUACACACAUACACACACACACACGCACACACAUGCACAUACAUGUAAUUAUAUUAUUUAAUGUUAAGCAAAAAUAUGAGCUAAGAUGCAUUUAUUCAUUGUUUUAAAAGUCAUGCAAGAAAGGACAUUUUGUAAAUAUGCCUACAUUAUAUGUCUAGAUGUAGUAUAUCCUUUCAAUGGAUAUUAUGCACCAAGUGAGAAUGCAUACCAUGUGUAUUUAUUGAAAUGUUCAAUUUAUGUUGUUAAAUAGAAAAAAAGGAGGUCAUAAGGGAGUUUCUCAAGAACCACCCUCUUACCAACAUACCUACACAUGUAUGUAUUGAAGGGUCUGUAUGGGUGUUCACCUACAGGGCAACAGCAUUUCUCUCUGGGAGGUGAGAUUUGGAGCAAUCGUAUUUUCUUUUUGCAUAUCUGUAAUUUCUGACUUUUUCACAAUGAGCAUGUAGUAUCUGUAUAAUUUUUUCAGGGAAUAAACAAUGAUGUUGAUGACAUAUAUUAAAUGGAAAAAUGUUAUAAAACAGUAUGUAUAGUAUGAUACAAUAUUUGUAAAAAAAAGAAAAUCACA